GAUCGGUCCAUCCCGUGGUACAUACAGGGACCAAUUCUAUCAUUAAUCGUGUCUUGUAAACAAAAAGCAAAAUUUACAUAUUAAGAAUCCAGCUUCCCAUGGUCCACACAGGUGUCAGCUCCUGAAUAUUUCCCUACAAGAUGCCAUAGUGGCCAUUUUUAUUCUGUCGGCGUCAUCCUUUCCUAACUUAUAAUGCCGCUACGUUUUACAAUACUCCUACUUGCAGUUAACCUCGUGAGCAGUAUCAACACAACAAGUAUAUAUACCACUGAGGGGAAUACGACGAGAACCACCGUAAUUGCUACCUCGUUUUUUGACUCGUAUAACAACACAGACGCUGGAACUGCGACAGAGCUCGAGGCUUCAAACGCGACCUCGCAAUUUGACCACAGAAACGGGACAUUUAUCGUGCCAAAACCGAGGUUAAUCGACGAGGACAGAGGGUUUGGUGUGGACGUUAUUUUUGGAGAGACGUCUGACUCGAAUGUAACAGAAACAGACGAAGAGGAACUGGGAAGCGGCAUUUCUAACGCUGCCAACGUGAACGGUUCAAGAACCGGUGACUCGAACCCGAAGGCUCAAGGAGAACACCCCAACAAGAUCGUGCCUUCCUCCCGAACCGAUCUACCAAGUCAUGUCCCGUCUUCUUCCACUGAAGGAAUCAUCAUCAUCGGCGACGUCAUCCUAGCAGGCCACGGUCUGAACCCGCCCUCUGCACCGCCGAACCGUGACCGGGACGGGCCUGGUGGCUUCUUCGGGACGACUGACGUUCCGCUCCCGGGGCCUGUCCCGAAGAAGAGCUCGAGCGGGAACCUGGUGGUGAUCAUACCGCUGGUGUGCCUGGGGUUCGUGCUACUGGUACUGGUGGUGGUGCUGCAUUGUCAGAACACACGGGAGCGGCGGAGAGUUCGCCAGUUGAAGGUGAUGAUGCGGCGAGAUGCCCGGAUGUCUGCCCGGUCCACUGACCCCCUCUGGCGGAGUGACCGGAGCUGCACCAGCCGCGGCGGCCGCAGUUCCACCAGCCGGGGCGCGCGCAGUGCCCGCAGCCAGAGGAGCCAGAGGAGCUACGAGUUAAAAGAGCUGCCUCACUGUGCGGAAUGUCACCACGGCGUGACGCUACACAAGCAGCAGCUCACUAACGGCUACCCCGGCGGCAAGUCCUGCAACGUACCGGUCACCGCCAGGUCAGAUCCUAACAUUCUGGGACACCGCGGUAUGAAGGGUCCUGUGGAGUACUUCCUGGAUGAUGAGUUGUACAAGGCGUCGCUCACCCCGUUCCACAGGAAGACUCAGUCCGAACCUACCAGACUCAACGCUCACAUGGCCUAUGAUGCCGAAGUUGACUCGCCGUUCCAGCGAGUGCCGAACAACUCUCCGGCGGGCUCGUGCCCCACCACGCCCCACCCGCGCUACAUCAACGUGACGGAGCCCGACAAUCACGGCCACCUGCUGGCGGCGUCCCUCAGCGGGCUGGACGCCAAGUGGACCGACAACCGGCUGUACGUGCCGCCAGACAACGACCCGCUGGCCGGGGGACCGCUGCCCCUGCACCUGUUCGCGAACAGGGAUAUCUAUCAGGACCUGAACUCCAACUCCAUCCAGAGCUCCAUGGGUCCCGGCCUGGACAGUGACUUCGGCGCCAGCGCGGGGCUGUCUCUCCGCAUCAUGUCAUCUGACUCCAGCAUAACAGGCUAUCCAACCACCUACAGUGGUAACACCGGGGAGGUUCUGUCUACCGAGUCCUCCCUCACCUCCACCAUCACCGCCACCCCGGCCAGCAGCUGCAGUACCGCCUGGGUCAGCCAGGGGGACACCCGACUGUACCAAACCCGCCUGGAGGGGUGGGACAACCAGGCACAGAUGCCCCUCCUCAGCAGCGAGGAGCAUUGGGUUUAAAUACCUCCUUCAAAAAGGUGCUUCAGAAUGAGACUGGGCUGGCAUCUUAAGUUUUGAAGACUUCUUUGAGCAUUCGUAAAGGUUCAAGUAGAUAUUUUUGUCAGCCUUGUUUCCAACUUUCCGUUGAACACAAGAUCUAUGAUUUAAAUGAAUGCGGCACCAUGAUUGAGCGUGCUACCUUUAACUCUAUU